GCUCGAGCAGCUCUACUGCAGGACUCAAUCACUGCGCCUGCGCAGUCCGCCAUUUGCUUGCCCCGGAAGUACUCGCUGCGGCGCUGCAGGCGGCUUCCGGCCAGCUCAGCUCAGCUCGGCUCGGCGGCGGGAGCAUGUCGGGCGCGGCGGGGUCCGGGGGCGGCUCGGUGGGCUCCGUGGUGCGGCGCUUCCUGGCCGAGUACAGCAGCGGCACCGCCAGCCGCCUCAAGGUGCUGGACGCGUAUCUGCUCUACGUGCUGCUGAGCGGCGCGCUGCAGUUCGGCUACUGCCUGGGCGUGGGCACCUUCCCCUUCAACUCCUUCCUGAGCGGCUUCACCUCGGCCGUGGGCAGCUUCAUCCUGGGCGUUUGCCUGAGGAUCCAGAUCAAUCCACAGAACAAAGGCGACUUCCAGGGCAUUUCGCCAGAACGGGCCUUCGCCGACUUCCUCUUCGCCAGCACCAUCCUGCACCUCGUUGUCAUCAACUUCGUGGGCUGAGCCGGGGGACCAUUAGGUCCUGACGACCUCUCAUGCUCAGCUGCUGUCAUGCCCAGGAGACAGGUGUGCCAACCCCCUAUGGACACGGGUCCUGCAAACUGAUGAGGCCUUUUCGUUAUCCCCUCCCCCAAUAAACCUCUUUGUUCUGGG